GAACAUUACACAAAACAUUUCCUCAUACCACACUGUUUCCUGGUUCAUUGUUUGAUGAUGAAGAAUGAUAAUCCGUGUGGAAGACAGGCACAAUAGAAAAAGGGGAGAAAGGGUGAAGGAGAGGCUGUGUGUUGGAAGUAGGCUAUAUACAGUAUGUGUUAGUGUUGGUAUUUAUUUACUGUCUUUGUGUGGAGAGACUCACACAUUCACUAUGUUGCUCUCUCUGCUGCUGCUGCUGCUGCUGCCGCCGAUCUGCAGCGCCCAGGCUACUAGUUUUUAUGGGACAGUGAUGACUUACUACCCAAAAAACACUUACGCAGAUGGAUCUGUCACGGUGGUCCUACGCUAUAAGCUAAGCUUCAGCACUUGCCAAGAGAAUGCCUCGUGGACCUGCGGCAGUGGUGAUUGUGGGAAUGAGAGUUCUUUAGUGCUAAACAUUGUGGACCAGGAGAGCAGUGGAGAGUGGUGUCAGAGAGAGGGAAUCAUGACUCGCCAGGUUCCUAGCAACGCUCCGUUUCAGCUGGUUUUGGACGGGAAUUCCUGGAUAGAUAACGUACAAAACAUCUCUGGGUGGAGGGCUGAGACUCUGGUGGAACUAAGGAACCGGUCGGACAUCGGCCGAGCCAACACAUCACCCCAGACCACCAUCCUGCCAGAUCUGAGAGUUCCUUCAAACUGUCAGAGAGAUUUCAGCCUGUUGGCGUUUGACCCUGACGGAGACGAGGUUAGAUGCAGAUUUGGGGACGUAACUAUAUCCUCCUGUACUCUGUCAUUCAUCCCCGUAGCUAACAGUUUUGAAGGUGCAUACGUCCAACAGCUGGUGAUGGAGGAUUUUCCCAGGCAGAAUAUCACCCUGACUCAAACCAACGGGUCGCAAGCGAUCAUAACUCCCAACGAAGCUAUCAGUACAAUACCUGUCCAGUUUGUUGUCAGAGUGGAUCCUGAAGUGUCAUCUUGCACAGAGGGACUCUAUCUGCCCAAAUUCCUGCCUCCAACCCCAGCUAACGGAGCUCAGCUGUACACCUCUGUCAAUCAGACCUUGGAAAUCAACAUCAGUGCAGAGGCAAAUGUCUCCAUAAUAUCUGAGCUGCUGUUCAGCGGGCCUCACAACAUAGUCCAGACUACAUCAGGAACAGGACAGUACACCCUGAGAUGGACGCCAUCUAAACAAGAAGAUGGAGAAAGCCACCCGAUCUGCUUUGUUGUCCAAGCAGUUUCCAAUUCCACCAAGUAUCAGUCUGAGCUUCGAUCUGUCAUUGUCAGUGUUGCAACCAUUCUUCCAACUACUACACCAGUAGUAGCAACCAACAUCACUAUACCAACCACACAAAACACAACCAUUACAGUCACUAUGCCAACUACAACAACCAUACAGACAACGACCACGAAUCCCCCAACAACUACCCCAUUAACCACAACAAUGAUCACAACAGUAACUACCCCAUUGACCACAACAACCAUCACUACGCCACCUACAACAACUACACAAACAACAACCACAAGUCCCCCAACAACUACUUUAAUAACCACAUCAACCAUCACUAUGCCAACUACAACAACCCCACAAACAACAACCACAAGUCCCCCAACAACUACCCCACUGACCACAUCAACCAUCACUAUGCCAACUACAACAACCUCACAAACUACAACCACAAGUCCCCCAACAACUACCCCACUGACCACAUCAACCAUCACUAUGCAAACUACAACAACCUCACAAACAACAACCACAAGUCCCCCAACAACUACCCCACUGACCACAUCAACCAUCACUAUGCCAACUACAACAACCUCACAAACUACAAUCACCAUUCCUGCAACUACCCCAUUAACAUCAACCAGCACUACGCCAACUACAGCAAGUCCACUACCAGUUACUACACCUGAAGACACAACAGCUGUAACCAACAUCUCAAACUCAUUUGUUGUUAUUUUGAGAAUGAAGCUUUCCUCUCCAUUUCCACUGUCUGAAGACUACAUCAGGAGUACCGUCAUACAACAGAUCAGAGAUGAACUGGUGAGACAUGGAAUGCCUUUAAAUGUGAUUGUACGCCUUCUGAGUAGUGUGCAACUGUAAUUUACAACCACAGCGACCCCUGUUGGUUCAACGUGAACAUUUACGUGACCCCUGGAGAGAAAUGUAUUCAGUUGCCUGUCAAAUUCAAAACGUUUAAACAUAUUUACAGUGUGUGGUGUAACAAACGAUCAGCAUUUAUGCGUAAAUACCAUGGAUGUAUACCAAGAACGUAAAUAUUUGACUGUUUUGAAUAAGUAUAAGGUUCCUGUUGUGGUGUGUUUUAAAAUGUUUUGUCCAAUGUGAA